AUGCGUACCCCACCAGAGGUCUCUUCACAGUCCCCAAGUCCAGACAUCCAUGCGUACCCCACCAGAGGUCUCUUCACAGUCCCCAAGUCCAGACAUCCAUGCGUACCCCACCAGAGGUCUCUUCACAGUCCCCAAGUCCAGACAUCCAUGCGUACCCCACCAGAGGUCUCUUCACAGUCCCCAAGUCCAGACAUCCAUGCGUACCCCACCAGAGGUCUGUUUAAACUACUAACACAGCUCAGACAUCCACCAGAGGUCUCUUCACAGUCCCCAAGUCCAGACAUCCAUGCGUACCCCACCAGAGGUCUCUUCACAGUCCCCAAGUCCAGACAUCCAUGCGUACCCCACCAGAGGGCUCUGGGGGCCAACCCCCUAUACUGUGACUGCAGGAUGCAGUGGCUGUCUGACUGGGUGCAGAGUGGGUAUAGGGAACCGGGUAUCGCCCGCUGUGCCGGUCCUGGAGACAUGACAGACAAACUACUGCUGACCACACCGUCCAAGAAGUUCACCUGCACAGGUCCUCUAGAUGUGGGUAUCCAGGCGAAGUGCGAUCCGUGUCUCUCCAACCCCUGUCACAACGACGGUACCUGCUCCAACCACCCCGUCACCUUCUAUCGCUGUAGCUGCCCCUACGGAUUCAAGGGUCAGGACUGCGAGGAACCUCUCCAUGCCUGUAUCGGUAACCCCUGUCAGAACGCUGGUACCUGCCAUCUGAAAGAAGGGGAACGCAGUAACUCCUGUUAG